AGGCCGAUCGAAUCCGGCGCUCGUUCGUUCAGUUACGUUUCCGACCCACGAGCAGCUGGUGCGCUGUGUUGCGGGCCCCCAGUUGCCACUCGUUUUACUGCAACCGCUUUAUUAUAUUAUAUGACAUAUCCCUUGUAAUACAAUGACGUUGAACUAUUGUAGCAAAGUAUUUUUAGACGAAUAAGUGAGGCUGUGAUCAGUGUUGUGUACAAAGAACGAGCUACUUGCAAUCGUAAAAUUUAAGAGACCGGAGUUGCUGGAAAAGUAACAGUUAGGUUUAAAAGACAACGAAGUAAAGAAGAACUUUCGAGAUGGCGGUGUUCGGUUUGGUGUCGUCGGUGGCCGGCUUCGUGAAGGUCCGGUACCUGAUCGACAAGGCUGUCAUCGACAACAUGGUGUUCAGAAUGCACUAUCGGAUCACAUCCGCCAUAUUGUUCUUGUGCUGUAUACUCGUCACCGCCAAUAACCUUAUUGGCGAACCGAUCUCAUGCAUCAACGACGGAGCCAUACCUGCCCACGUCCUCAACACGUAUUGCUGGAUCACCUACACAUUCACACUUCCGAAUUCCAACGCUAGGGGUAUCGUACAUCCUGGCCUUGGCAAUGACUUCGAAGAGGAGAAACGUGUACACGCUUACUACCAGUGGGUUCCCUUUAUGCUGUUCUUCCAGGGACUGCUUUUCUACGUGCCCCAUUGGGUAUGGAAGAACUGGGAAGAGGGCAAGGUUCGCAUGAUCUCCGAUGGUAUGCGUGGUACUGCUGCCAGCAUUUCCGAUGACAAAAACAACCGUUUGAAUCGUCUUGUCCAGUAUUUGGUGGAUACUCGCCACAUGCACAACACUUAUUCCUUCGGCUAUUUCUUCUGCGAAAUGCUGAACUUCAUUAAUGUGGUCGGAAACAUAUUUUUCGUGGACACGUUCCUUGGAGGUGCCUUCUUGACUUACGGAACUGAAGUUGUCAAGUUUUCGAAUAUGAACCAGGAACAACGAACAGAUCCUAUGAUUGAAGUAUUUCCAAGAAUAACGAAGUGUACAUUCCACAAAUUCGGUGCUUCUGGAACGAUCCAGAAACACGACGCGCUCUGCGUGUUGGCAUUGAACAUCCUCAAUGAGAAGAUUUUCAUCUUCCUGUGGUUCUGGUUUAUCAUCCUAUCGGUCGUGAGUGGAUUGGCCCUAGCUUACUCCGCAGCAGUAAUCCUAUUGCCAAGCACCCGCGAAACCAUCCUGAAAAGACGUUUCCGUUUCGGAACCCCAUCCGGAGUCGAGUCACUUGUGAGGAAAACUCAGGUUGGAGACUUCCUACUUCUGCAUCUGCUGGGUCAAAAUAUGUCGCUUCGUGUAUUCGGCGAAGUCCUAGACGAGUUGUCACGGCGGCUGCACAUGAACUCCAACGCACCUUCAGCUCCAUCGACUCUCGAGAUGGCUCCCAUCUACCCCAACAUUGACAAGUACGCAAAGGAAACAGAGACGUAAGUCGUGAGACUGAGCUAAGACAGUACACAGCACUCCUCGAAUCAUCCUAAAAUGUAUCCGAAUGUCUCGAAUGCGACGCUUGAGAAUACAAAACGAUGAGAUUCCUAUACAAUCCAUUUAGAUCAUAUCCUCGAAUCUUGUAUCCGAGACUUUCUGUAAGGAAAUAUAGGACACAGUGUAUUGUUCUUUCAAAUUAUAACGCUCAUUCGCAUUAAUGUAAGAAAUUCAGUUUCAACGACAUGAAUGACCAUGACAUUCCUUAUUUUACCUGUUUAUGUAAGACAACAAUGCCUUUUUGCCUUGAGCUUUAAAUUUAGUAAAUCAUUCGAUGUAUAAUUAGUAUAAAAUUGUUGAUACGUUUCGUACGACGUUCUAGCAUUUUGUUUGUUAUAAGAAUAUGGAAUAUACUGUGGUACUACGAUUUUGCGAAUAAGCAACAUUCUACUGUUUACUAUAUCGAUAUUUGAGUAAAUAUUUAGUUUUAUGAAUUUGAAGCAGAUUAAAUGCAAUUGAUAUUUUAAAGUACAUAAAAAGUAUACAUCAUCCGAUUUUAUUUUAGACAUAGUAUAUAUCUUUUGUAUUAGCAUGUAACGAAUAAGAUAGAGGUCGAAGGCAAAAGCGAUUUGGGCAAGUUAUAAAACAAUGAAUUAUCUUUUAACGUUUGACAAAUAAUAAAAUACAAUGCAAUCAACUGUAUAACUUGUCUAGAUCGCGCAGCAGCCCCCACCUACUACGUGAGAUAUAGAAGACAUUUUUAAUUUUUAACAUUUUGUUUUAUUUUAUCUUUUGUAUUAAUAUGGAUUACAUUUUAUAAUAAACUUUAGCCAUUAUUAUUUAAGACAUAUUUAUGGCUGACAUUAAUCCUGGUGGCAACCAGUUCCAAGUAAUCCAAUUGAUAUAAAAUAUUCAGUGAGUUAUUUUCUAGUAGAUAUGACAAUGCUUCAGAAUAGACAUAUCGUCUUAACAUAAGUCUUUCAAAUACAAUUAAGUAGAUAUUAUAUGAUUAGAUUAUUUUAUAUGUGCUUUUCUUUUGUUCCAUUGUUUAGGUAAACAUUAUGGUUAUACAUGUAACUAAUAGUUAUAAAAUUGUGUAUGCGUAGCUACGUAUGGGAGAAUCCGAUAAUAGUCAAAUUGUAAGUUAUGCAACUGGAAUCAUGAAUGAUAUCAAAAGUAUAUUUUGUUGAAUAGGGGACGACCAUAACACAGUGAAUGUAGUGUGAAUGAAUAAUCAAAGUUUGAUAAGUUCGAAGUGAAUACAUUAUACUCAUAAAUUGUUCCAAAUGUGCCAUGAAAGAUGUUCAGAAGUAAAGGGCCAAGAUUCUCAACGUAUCUCAAAUGUAUUUCAAUUUAUAGAUUAAGUUUAAGUCAUGCAUGUAUUAGACGUGUAUGAACAAAUGAAAUGACUUUCCUUGAAAUCUCAAAAAGGUCUUCCAUGCACUCGUGCCGUGUAGCAGUGGAAUUCAUAGUUCGCAGUUUGCCUUGUAUUUACUAGUUUGUAAUUUUAACCAUUCCUAUAUGAAAUGUUUUGUAGUUUUAAAAUUAAUGCUGCCUUACUUUCUACGUAAAAUAUCUGAGACUGCAACAUAUUUUAAUGUGUCACAUUGUCUACAUUAUAUUUGGUAUUAAAUGACUUCAAAUAAAA